AUGAUCGGCAACCGAUUAGUGACACAAAUACAAUUGUUAAUCUCAAAUAUACCUGAACUAACAUUUAAACCUCUUUCCACAUUGAAAACAUUAAUUAUUAAUGGUCAUAAAUAUUCACAAAACACAGUCUUGAAUGUGUUAAAAGAAAACUUUCCAACUGUACCAAUAAUUGGUAAAAUUCGUUGGAUUCGUUAUGAUGGUAAAACUUGUGCUUUUGUCUGUAAAAUGUACAAAGUCAAAUGUUAUGUACAACAACUAAGAGCUUUUCAAGUCGAAGAAAUCAAUAAAUUUGGCAGUUUUCUUUUUGAAAACAUCUGUUACAAAAAGCCACUUAAACUAGUUGCAUUUCAUACAUUUCUGUAUCUUCCCCUACAUCCUUAUGGUAAAUCAUUUACUGUUCUCUAA